UACAUUAUAAAAGUUGCCGGUUUACACGCGGCAUGCAUUUGAAGUCGGCACUCAAUCAUAUCUACAUAUACUCCCAAAUUGUAGUUGUGAAACACAUGUUUAUUUUCUCUUGUUAGCUCCGCCGCAAAAACCUCGACGAGUAAACUCUCGAACGUGUAUUAGCUAUCUCACGUACAUAAACAUGUCAUUCAGAUACCGAAUACAACUCAAGACUGGCUUAUUACCGCGGAUUCUAUUCACGACUGAGUGGCAGGCCGCAUUGACAUCCACCGUUAAAGGAAACCUCGUUGACCUAGCGUAAACUCUACUGUACACACACGUAAUGCAAAUUCAGGAAGUCCAAGUUUGCUAGGUUUAUUUACAUAGCCUAACAUGCGGGUAAAUUCACGAUGCAUUUCUCGGAUGCCAAUUAUGCGAGUAUUCAUUUUUGAGUACGUUAUGCUGUCUGACCUUACGGCUACAGGGUGUUCCUAUAAAGGAGCGGCAUCGUGGUCCCGCGGCGGAGACUCGACAUUUGAUCCCGCGCCGUGUUCGCGUGCUGUCCGUCAAUCUUAUACGGUUACCGUCGUGAUGGCUCCGAACCGUUACCGUUACUCCACAUAGGCGGGACAUGCAAUGAGCUCACGUACAUUUGUGUUACCGUACUCGCUAAACGUUGAAGUAGUAUCACAUGCGGACGCAAUGCAUCCACCGACAUUCAACAUCACGAGAGAAGGAUUCGUUCCGACGGAACCGCGAACAUGGAAAAUCGAUUUGCCUUGCACGCACACCGUCGCUGCCGAAGUGGACAUUACGAUAUCACUGAAUGUCUCUAUGGGAUCGACAUCAACCACGCUUCACUUCAGAAGGAGGAAGAUUUGUUUAAAAGAAGCGCCCAGGCCGGCGGUUAGGGUUGACAGCGUUGCACAGGCACCUACAUCUGCGGACAUAUUCUAUGCGGGAGCCGGUUGUGCAGGCGCUGCGAUUCUGAUAGCGGCAGUAGCGGCGGCAGCUUGUAGAGCCCGGGCAAGGAAACUCCGACGCGCACGCAGCGACGAACAGGAUGCACACGCUUUCCUCCCAGACUCCUCCUGCAAGUCAGCUGCCAGUUACACCAGCUACCGACGUCCUACUUCCAUCCCCGCAGCGGCAGCGGAAGAGCGCGCGAGGGACCUGCAACAGAGAAUAGCAGAGUUGACGAUUCAGAGAUGUCGCGUCAGACUGCGCUCAGUGGCGAUGGAGGGGACGUUCGGAAGAGUGUACAAGGGAACGUACGCUGAUGAGGAGGCCAGGGAACAGGAGGUGCUCGUUAAGACUGUUGCAGAACAUGCUUCUCAAGUGCAGGUAUCAUUGCUACUUCAAGAAGGCUGCAUGCUCUACGGCCUGCGACAUGAACGUGUACUAUCAGUGCUCGGCGUUAGCAUCGAAGACCAAACUGCUCCAUUCCUCCUAUACCCAUGGGGCGCUACCUGGAGAAACCUGAAGCAAUUCCUUCUGGCGUGUCGAGGAGUGACUGUGGGCGGGGCGGCGGGGAGCGCACCACCGCCGCCACCGCUUACAACACAACAUGUUGUCAGAAUGGCACUACACGCGCUGGAUGGAUUAGCGUUUUUGCACUCGCAACAUGUCUUACACAAGGACAUUGCUGCCAGAAAUUGCAUUGUCGACGAAAACCUCCGAGUGAUGAUCGCCGACAACGCCCUCUCCCGCGAUCUGUUCCCCGCGGACUACCACUGCCUAGGCGACAACGAGAACCGGCCCAUCAAGUGGCUGGCCCUCGAAGCCCUGAGCAAACGCCAGUUCAGCCCCGCCGCUGAUGUUUGGGCGCUGGGAGUGCUGCUGUGGGAGUUGACCACGUUGGCUCACCAGCCGUACGCGGAAGUAGACCCGUUUGAAGUCGCAGCGUAUCUGAGGGAUGGAUACCGGUUACAACAGCCGGCGAACUGUCCGGAUGAAUUGUUCGCUGUAAUGGCGUACUGCUGGGCCAUGUCGCCCGACGACCGGCCCACUCUGCCGCAGCUACAGAUCUUCCUAAGGGACUUCCACACGCAACUCACGAGAUUCGUCUAAUACACUGUCAAAAACUAGUUUAGUGAACAGUGAACUAAAUAAUGAACACAGUGAAACAAAACUGGUAUAGUUAACAAAAAUUAAACACAAUCGAAAAGAACUACGGUUUAAAAGACAAAGUGAGAUCAAACUAUUACUACUGUGAAAAUAAUAAACAA